AUGUCGUCACCCAGUCCAGGAAAGAAAAGGAUGGAUACAGAUGUAGUUAAAUUGAUUGAGAGUAAGUACGAAGUGACUAUAUUAGGCGGCUUGAACGAAUUAAUGGUGAAAUUCUUUGGCCCACCAGAAACUCCAUAUGAGGGUGGUAUCUGGAAAGUCCGUGUGGAUCUUCCUGAACGUUAUCCUUUCAAAUCACCUUCCAUUGGGUUUAUGAAUAAAAUAUUCCACCCAAAUAUUGACGAAGCGUCUGGAACCGUUUGUCUUGAUGUCAUAAAUCAGCAGUGGUCUGCUCUCUAUGAUUUGACCAACAUAUUCGAAUCUUUCCUGCCACAACUACUGGCCUAUCCAAAUCCCACAGACCCACUGAACAGUGACGCUGCCUCCCUGUUCAUGUUCAAGCCUUCCGAAUAUGUAAUGAAGGUGAAAGAAUAUGUUCAACGUUUUGCAAGUGAAGAAGCGUUAAAAGCUGAAGAGAAUGGAGAUGCGGAGUCUAGUUCCUCAGAUGGCGAAAGUUCUAUGUCAGAUUAUACAGACGAUAUGGCUAGAGAUAUGGAGCUUUGACAUCAUCCUUAAACAACUAGGGAAGAAAAUGUCAUUGAGAUUGGUCUAUGCUCGCUACCGCUCUGCUUUCAUACCAUAAAAUCUACAAUUUCAAACAAAACAAAUUAUGAUGAUAAUAAUAAUAAUGAUUUUAUUGUUGUUAUUGUCCUAUUCGAUUAGACUUCAAUUAUUGGAGUAAACACAUUUACUGUGUGUUUUAUCUUUUCUUUAUUUGUUUCAACCUCCUUGCCGUACUACUACUACUACUACUACUUUCUUUC